AAGCCAGGGUUCAGUGGGUAAUUGUUUUGGUGAGCACCGACUACGCUUUGUGACGCUGAGCCAAGGUCCAACGCUGGAUAUUAAACCUACCCGUUACACACCUCUAAAUAUUUGACAAUAGUUUUUGCGCAACUCUUCCAAAUCAUGCGUUACGCCUCCCCUCUGUGAGGGUCGCCGUCCCCCUGUCGCCGCUGCGUAGUCGACCGCCGAAGCUGUCCAGCUAGUUAGCAAACAAGCUUUAGCACUGCCAGUCAUCACCCAUGUCCUCAGAAGAAAGCUUGAGCUCAACGAUUACGGGCUGGCUUUUUGUUCAUUCUUGGUGGCUGCUCCUGCCGUUCAUCAUGCUGCUGGUCGUCGCCGCCUUCAUUGUGGCCUUCAUAUUGCUUUUGUACAUGAUAUCGCCGCUGAUUAGCCCCAAACCCCUAAAAAUGAACGGGGCCCACGUCGUGGUGACUGGGGGCUCCAGUGGUAUUGGGAAAUGUAUAGCGAUGGAAUGCUACAGACAAGGAGCUUUUAUUACGCUGGUGGCACGAGAUGAGGCCAAGUUGAUUCAAGCCAAGAAAGAGGUGGAGAAAUUUGCCAUCAAUGACAAACAGGUUGUGCUUUGCAUAUCAGUGGAUGUUUCCAGUGAUUACAGUCAGGUCGAAAGUGUUAUCAAACAGGCUCAAGAAAAGUUGGGGCCUGUCGAUAUGCUUGUAAACUGCGCCGGAACGUCCUUAUCCGGGAAGUUUGAGGAAGUGGAGGUAGAUCGCUUUAAGAGGCUGAUGGAAGUGAAUUACCUGGGCAGUGUUUAUCCAACACGUGCUGUCAUAACCACCAUGAAGGAGAGAAGAAUGGGCCGCAUCAUGUUUGUGUCCUCCCAGGCGGGCCAGAUCGGCCUGUUUGGCUACACGGCUUACUCGCCGUCCAAGUUUGCACUCCGCGGUUUGGCUGAGUCUCUGCAGAUGGAGAUGAAGCCCUACAAUAUCUACGUGACACUGGCCUUCCCACCAGACACAGACACGCCAGGACUGGUUGAGGAAAACAAGACGAAGCCUCUGGAAACCAGAUUAAUCUCUGAAACCUCCGGAGUUUUUCCACCCGACCAAGUGGCCAAGAUUGUUGUCCGAGAUGCCGUGCAGGGGAACUUUAACAGCUCCGUGGGUACUGACGGCUACAUGCUAUCAGCCCUCACAUGUGGGAUGUCACCUGUUACCUCCAUCACAGAGGGUCUCCAGCAGAUCGUCACCAUGGGUCUGUUCCGUACCAUCGCUCUCUUCUACCUGGGAAGUUUCGACAGCAUCGUGCGCCGCUGCAUGAUUCAGAGGGAGCAGUCCAAGGCGGCCGACAAGCGAGAGUAACGGUCGCCGGUUCCCCCCGUCCGAAAAGGCCGCCAUAGGCAGCGAGGUGAACGGACAGUGUGUUUACUCUUCGCGGCUUCACUCCUCGUCCCCUCCCUCUCACCCCGCAGUGAAAUUUCACUUUUAACAUGCACAUGGCUUCUUGUCGCGGGAGCGGCCUUACUUUUAGCAGGUGUUUUUUGGUGUUGUGAUAGUGGAGGGAGGCGACAGUAAAGCGUAGCGGGCCUCCCCCGCCUCUUCACGCGCAGGAAAAAGCAUUAUCCUGUCGGACCGGUUGUGCCAAAUAUGGCCUGACGUUCCCUCCCAUGGGGGCUCUCGAGAAAACGAGACGGAUUCAUCACCUUUUCUCCCGGCGUUGCAUGCUUCUAAAACAUAGGGGCCACCGUGUUAGAAAUGUGUUGUUUCACCCCAAGAAGAAGCUUCCUCAACCAUCUCCAACCAUUAAGUCUUUGCGGGCAAAGACCACUCAAGCGGACCACCGCAUCGGCACCCUGACUGUUCCAGCUGCGGUUGCGUUUCAGGCAUACAAAUGGAAUCGCGGUAUGAAAAGAGCACGGAGUUUCCACCAAGCAUGCCAGUAGGACUGGAACGAUAGUGAUCUGGCUCGCGUUUCCGUUGCUGUACGCUGUAAGCGUGACAUCACAGCAGUCGGACGGGGGACCAUUUUGUGCUUACUUCUUUCUUCUUGACUUGUUUAUAUCAAACAGAAGGAGAGAAAAAACAUUUUCAGAUCAGUGUCAGAACUCUUGUCAGUUUUAAUGCCGUGGAAACACACGGAUCAGAAAUGACCCCGUCAGCUGUAUGUCGUCGAAAUAGACAGAUUGUUCAAGUAACCACACCGGCAGCUGAUCAACAACACAAAUGACAUGUUUAAAAAAAGCUGUAAAUCAAAAUUACGAGGGGUGCUUCAGGCACUAUGAUGUCAAUGUAGGGCAACAGCAGGGGGCGGUGCUGUGUAAAAUGCCCGCCUCUUUGGAUGACUGAACAUUUUCUGCUUCAUUCCAACUCCAUGAAUGCAAUAUUAAUCCGAAUAGCGUGUUUUGAUUCGUGGCUACACAUAUCACAUAUGACAACAAUUGUUGACUGGCCUUGUCACUGCCAGCGUUGAGGCGCGUCGAGUUAAUUACGGGCAAUUUGUUCGCCUGUACGUGGGGCUUGUUUCAUGUGUUCCAUCAGUGUAAACAGCCAUAUGACAUGCAUCACUUGAAUGUGCAUGAAAUAGACAGCCGUAAAAUUGGAAUUGGCCGUUGCAGUAUAAAAUCAGCAAUUUUUUUUUCCUCUUUUGCCCAAUCGACAGACUACAGUGAAGACUCCCUCCAAACCUUUAGGUUCUCUAUCUCAAAGGAUGGUAUGGUAUUAUUUUGGCAGUAGUCAAAAGAAAUGCAAAAAUGAAACGUUUUAUCCGACUGAACCGAAUCGUGUUUGCUUGGUGGAAAGUGGAUCAUUAAAAAGCGGGCGUGUACGUCCGCGCGUGCUUGUUUUGUGACUGAGCCAACUCUCGUUGAGAGAAGAAAAAAAAAAGCCAUUGGACAUUUCGCAUUUUCUUAUCAUCCCACUUCAAUUCAGCAGGUUAUUUGAAGGCACGGUGAACGAAAGCUCGAGUGACUGUUCACCACUCAAAUACAUGACAUGACUCUUUUUUUUUAUUGUUCUUCAAGCGUGCAUAAGGAAGCUUCCGUGCAAUUUUUAUGUAUCAUUGCACAGAUGAUGCCAUGCGGUCCGCGUUAACUUGGCACUGACCUAAAUCAGGGCACAGUGGGACUUGCUGGUUCAAGUCAUGCCUGUGCAGUCCUAUUGGGGGCGCUAGAGAUUUGUUUGACAUGCAGUCUAGUGCACAAAACAUUGUCCCACAGCUUUUGAUGUCCUGCCAAGCACAGGUGGGACAUCCCUCCUACCCCCAAACAAUGAAUGAUUAAAUAUACUAAAUUAAUCAAAAUGGUCUCCAACGUUGUGUUUUGUAAGUCUUCCUUUGAUCAGGAAUGUAAUUUCAUAAAAGUGUGAGCAUGGGAUUCUUCUUUUCACGCAUGCUGAUUAGUUGAAUGCCAAAAUGCGUUGUGACAAUUCCUUUUAAGUCGUCUUUGGCGGGGUCACGUGGAGAUAAGCGGCGACAUGUUUGAACCAAGCCUUAAAAUGUGACUGCUGAUCAAGCGACCGCAAUGCAGCCCGUCCACACUGACACGCCAAUGAUAGCAGCUUUUCAUUGUAAGAUGUCAAAACUUUUUUCGUUCGCUUGUUUUAUCGCCGUGCGCUUGUAUGUUGUCCAUGACGAAAACCUCGCCCUCCGGAAAUCCAAAAGAUAAAAGUGAGUAGACGUGACUAGUGUUUGACGACGACGUCGUUCGAUUUUUUCGGUUGAAAGGCGUGUCGGGCUUCUCUUGUUGCUUUCAAACGUCAUGCUGUUGUCUUGCCAUAGCAACUCAUGCUGGCGCAUCUCAGUCAAUUAAAAUAUUGCAUUCGUUUUAGGAGGGGAAAAAAAAAUCCUGUUCAAAUGCCUUUUUGUGUGUGUGUGUGUGUUAUAAACGAUCUCAAAAAUCACUGUUUAUAUACAUAUCACACAUACACCUCUGUGUGUGGCGAAUCGAUAUUUGCAAUAUGAGUUUGCAUUCUCUAUUGAACGUCUAUUAGAAAUGAAGUUUUCUCCAAUAGUAUAAUUCAUUGAGGUGCGCCUGCAGUUAAUGAGAACAUGUAGCUUGCUAUUUUAACACCAUUCACCUAUGCAAAGAAAAGCCUGCGCUUUCAACGUUUGAGCAUUUAACUUUCAGGAUUGGAGUCUUAAAAUAGGCAGGCCGUGUUGCCACUUAUCAGCAAUUAUUGACAGAGGCGAUUUACGUUCACUCUUGUUUUUCUUCGUCCCCUUUCAACUGGCGUGCUAUUAAAAACAACACGUCUGACGUAGAACGUUGCCGUUGUAUUAUUUCUGACAGUUGAACUGAAUAAAUACAUGUGAGGAAAGUUCAACUCCCCAUGUUUGAUUUUUUUAUAUUACUUUUUUUUUGAUGAUGUUGAUUAUCAUCCUGAGGGGAUAAAACAUCCUGAUUUUGAACUGUCUUU